GUCUCUCCACGCACGCGACGAGCUGCGGAUCAUCGCUGCGAUCGUCGAUCGUCUCAAAGUGGUUCUCAAAUACAAAUACACUACAACUACAAUAUUAGCAUAAAAAAAGAAGCGUAUUUAAUAUUUUGUAUUUUAACUAAUCCGAAAAAUUUACAAAUUACAAAUAUUUUUUUUUUUGAUUUUUUAUAAUUUUUUGUUUGUUUGGUCAAAUAUGUUGUACAAAAAGUAAAAAAUAAAUCAUAACAAAACACGCAUGUGGAAAAAAGGCGACGGCACUUGAAACGAUGCCAUUGCCAUAUAUACAAAUACAGAUAUAUAUACGAUUAUAUACGAGUAGUUCUACAUCGAAUGUGAAUGCGUUAGAUUAGUGUGAGUCGCGAGUGCUAUAAGUUCUCAAAUAUAUAUUUUUUUUGUUGUGGAUGCACUACAUCAAAUAAAAUUCGUAAAAAAAUCAAGAGAGAGAAAAAGAGUAAUAAUAAUAAUAGAAGCCAAAAAGGAAAAGUGUCGAAACGAAAUGCAAAUGCAACACAUUGUGAGUGCUAAAUUACUGAUCGAUUGUUUUGAGUGUGAUUGAUCGAUUGUUUGAUUGAUGCGAGCAACGAGAGCUAAAGGGAUGUACGAAACAAGCAAUUAAGAAAUCAACGCAAACAAAAAAAAAAAAGAAACAAGAAAUAACAUAAUCAAAAUAAGAUAAACGAGCGACAAAUCAAGGAAAACACGACAAAAAACAACAAAAACAAACAGCAAUGCAGCCAGGCGCAGCAGCAGCAACAACAGUAACAAGAACGAACAAAACAACGAGUAGAAGUAGCAACAACAUCAGCAACAGCAACAGCAACAACUUAACAUUAGCCAUAAUGAAUAGAACAACAAGAACAACAAAUUUUCACAAACGUCGUCGAAGGCGGCAGCGCAGCAGCAGCAGCAACAGCAGCACAACAGCAACCACAACGCGAGCUAGAACAAGAAGAACAACAACAGCAGAAACAACAACAACAACGUCUAGGAGAUAUAGUUACCCAAAUCUGAGCAGAACUGGCGCCUAUUUGACGCUGCUGCUUCUAACCACAACAUGUUCCUUGUGCGCUUCCGCAUCUGAGACGGGCGCCAUCACCACCAACAGCAACAGCAACAGCAACAGCAAUAGCAAUAGCAACAGCAACAAUAAUAGCGACAACAGCAACUCAAUUGUUGCCGCUUCAAGUGGAGCGACAUUCAUGUUGCCCGCUUCGCCUUGUGCGCCACAACAUUGGUGGGAUCAGCAGCAUGAUAGGUGCACGCCAUGCACCAGCUGCCAGGGCGAGAUGAUUCCAUUGCGUCCCUGCCAGCUGCACAUCGAUACCGUUUGUGGUUCCAUCUACGACCUGAAACUCGAUUGGGUUGUGCUCGCCAAGACGGAGCGCAACUGGAAAGAGCGCCGAAAGUCAUCGGAGUAUGAGCAUUUCGAUCAGGCAUCGCCGCUGCAGCAUUUGUCGCACGAACAGCUGCAGCAGCUGCAUGAGGAGGCUGCCGCCGCUUUACCGCUCGACUGGCAGACCGCUGCCCUCUUCAUAGCGGUGCUCGCCUGUCUGCUCUUCUUCUCGGUCGCCGCCUGCAUUCUCAUCCAUCACAUGCGCCAAUGGCGUCGCAUGGAGCGUCGUCUGGAUCAAGAUGUGGAAGAGUUGUCCACGAAGCUGAUGGCCAAGCUGGCGGAGGUGCAGAGCCUGGACGGUGGCACCUUCUUCAUAGGCAAUGCGGAUGCGCUUCGUGGUCUGCCCGCCUCGGCAGUGACGGCGGCGUCGGCUGCGGCGUCGGCAGCGCAGUCGGGCAUCUUUCAGCCACAACAUGUGCUGUUGCCUGUGAAGAAGCAUGCCAAGCAUCAGGAGCGUCGCAUACUGAAGACUUUGCAGCCGGGCAACGUUUACAUCGAGGAGAACAACGCUGUUGGCAUUGGGUUGAUGCCAAACUUCAAGGGCUGAGGGAUCUGUUUCGUUUUGCGUAAACUACUUAACUGCGAGUAGAGAUGGAGAAGCACACACACACACACACCCACACACUCAAACACGCACACAACAAACAUUUGUACAAAGAAGCUGCAACUAGAAAAGCAACUGGAGAGCAAAUCUGAGGAUCAAACACUCAAUACGACGACGAUUAUCGACUACACACAUACACACACACACACAUACAUAUAUGCAUAUAAAUGUUUCGUCUAAUAAUUAAAUAUAAUUUAAAUGUUAUGUUGACUUGUUUGUAAAUGCAAAAUGCAAAGCAAUUAAUAUAAAUUGCGUUGCUCUUCGAUUGUGGCAAUUCAAUUCACAUUUGCCACGCAAAUUGUUUUUUGUUUGCCACAUUGAUCGCAACACUUUUUUUAAUUCUAAUUCUAAAUACGAAAUUGGCAGAUCGUUUUUUGUAUAUACUUACUUAUAAAGAAACGAAGAUAAGUGAUUUUUUUUUGUUUUUUUUUUUAAUGUGUGUGAAGAAAGUGAAAGGGAGAGUUGCAUGAAUGGGCAUUAUAAUAAUAAUAAUAAAACUAAAAAUUUGGAGAAUCCCCAAAAUAUGAUUAACAAAUUUCUACUUAAUGUAAAUAUUAAGGCGAGCGACGAACGACGAAGAUGAAGAGAGGAUGAAGAUGAAGAAGAGAAGUGGCACCAAGUGGAACCAGGCAAUAUCGGCAGCAUAUCAGCAAACUAUAUCGUUAUUAUAUAGUCGGGCGGGCAUAUUGUAUAUCAGAAGAAAAAAAAAACACUCACACACACACAUAUAUAAAAAUCGUUUCAUCGAGAAAAAAUAAAGAAAACUAAAUGAAAAAAAAACACAUACCAUACACACCCAAAAUGCACAUAUACGAUUAAAAACACUAUAUAACAAUUAAAGAAGAAAAAUGUAUCUAACGAUACCCAAUAUUAAGAGUACUCUAUAAAUAUUUUAAUUAAUUAUUUAACGAUCGCUUCGUUUACGCAUAAUUUUUUUUAAUUAUUUGUAAUUAUUAACUAUUUCUUCUUGGCGCGAAAAGCAAUUGCGAAAAAUAUUCAAUAUGCUACAAAAUAUUAAAUAUUUCACAAACAGAAAACAGUAAUAAUAAUAAUAAUAAUAAUAACAACUGCAAUUGAAUCGCAAGCGAAUUAAUAAACAUUAACAAAAACAAAUAACGACAAUGUAUAGAGAAAUAGAGAGAAAGAGAGAGAGAGAGAGAGAACGAGAAAAUCGAAAUAAAAAUGUAAAAUGUUCAGUUCAAGAAAUGAAUGAAAGAAAGAGAACAAAAAAAGAGUAAAAUGUUUAUGUUUUAAGUGCUAUAAGUGUGCAACAAUAAAA